GCGGCGAGCCCGGCUCUCCUCCCGCGGCUGCAGCAGCUGCCGGUUCCUCACGGCCUCGGCGGCGGCGGUGACGGCGGCGCGCUCGGAGCGGCCUCUGGAGCGGCGGGCGGGCGGACGGACGGACGGACGGACGGGCGCGCGGCCCCGGCGGCUCCCGUCUGAAGCGGCGGACGAGGCUCGGCGGGGAGGAGGCGGCGACGCAGGCGGAGGAGGCGGCGGCCGCCGGGGACCCGCUCGGCGCCUCGGCCCCGUGCCCCGUCCCCAGCCCGUGGUCGCUCGCGCUCGGCGGGCCGGCGCCUCGCCUCUGCGCGCGGAGAUGGUGUAGCCCGGCCGCCGGAGCCGGAGCCGCCUCUGCUCGCGCGUCCCCGCGGCGUCCGCCUCCCCGCCUGAGAAGAGACCCUCCGCUCGGCGGCUCCCGCGCCGGGGAAGCCUCGGCGCCGCCGGCACCAUGAGUGAACAGAGUAUCUGUCAGGCAAGAGCUGCUGUGAUGGUCUAUGAUGAUGCCAAUAAGAAGUGGGUGCCAGCUGGUGGCUCAACUGGGUUCAGCAGAGUACAUAUAUAUCACCAUACAGGCAACAACACAUUCAGAGUUGUGGGCAGAAAGAUUCAAGACCAUCAGGUUGUGAUAAACUGUGCCAUUCCUAAAGGGCUGAAGUACAAUCAAGCUACACAGACUUUCCACCAAUGGAGGGAUGCUAGACAGGUGUAUGGUCUCAACUUUGGCAGCAAAGAGGAUGCCAAUGUCUUCGCAAGUGCCAUGAUGCAUGCCUUAGAAGUGUUAAAUUCACAGGAAGCAGCCCAGAGCAAGGUUACUGCUACGCAGGACAGCACUAAUUUGCGAUGUAUUUUCUGUGGGCCAACAUUGCCUAGACAAAAUUCACAGCUACCUGCUCAAGUUCAAAAUGGCCCAUCCCAAGAAGAGCUGGAAAUCCAGAGAAGGCAACUGCAAGAACAGCAGCGACAGAAGGAACUGGAGAGGGAAAGAAUGGAGAGGGAAAGGUUGGAGAGAGAACGACUAGAACGAGAGAGGCUAGAGAGGGAGCGCCUGGAACAAGAGCAGCUGGAGCGGCAGCGGCAGGAAAGGGAGCACGUGGAGCGGCUGGAGAGGGAGAGGCUGGAGCGCCUGGAGCGAGAGAGGCAGGAGCGGGAGCGAGAGCGCCUGGAGCAGCUGGAGCGGGAGCAAGUGGAGUGGGAGCGAGAGCGCAGAAUGUCCAAUGCUGCUCCAUCUUCAGACAGCUCCCUGUCUAGUGCUCCACUUCCUGAGUAUUCCAGUUGCCAGCCGCCUUCGGCACCUCCUCCAUCAUAUGCUAAAGUCAUCUCAGCUCCGGUGUCAGACGCCACUCCUGAUUACGCUGUAGUGACUGCUUUGCCACCUACUUCCACACCCCCUACACCACCACUGAGACACGCAGCGACACGUUUUGCAACAUCUCUAGGUUCAGCCUUCCACCCUGUUCUUCCCCAUUACGCUACAGUUCCUCGUCCUCUCAACAAAAACUCUCGACCUUCUUCUCCUGUGAACACACCCUCUUCUCAGCCUCCAGCUGCGAAGUCCUGUGCCUGGCCUACUUCCAAUUUCUCGCCCCUCCCUCCAUCUCCUCCAAUAAUGAUUAGCAGCCCCCCUGGCAAAGCUACUGGCCCACGGCCUGUCCUUCCCGUUUGUGUCUCCUCUCCUGUGCCCCAAAUGCCUCCGUCACCAACAGCACCCAAUGGGUCGCUAGACUCUGUAACAUACCCAGUGUCUCCACCGCCUACCUCAGGGCCAGCAGCGCCACCUCCGCCGCCACCGCCACCGCCACCGCCGCCGCCACCACCACCGCCGCUGCCACCGCCGCCGCUGCCUCCCCUCGCCUCACUCUCACACUGUGGAUCACAGGCUUCUCCUCCUCCAGGCACCCCUCUUGCCUCAACUCCCUCAUCCAAGCCCAGUGUUCUCCCUUCUCCCUCUGCAGCUGCCCCUGCCUCUGCGGAGACCCCUCUAAAUCCUGAGCUGGGAGACUCCUCUGCUUCCGAGCCAGGCUUGCAGGCAGCCUCUCAGCCGGCCGAGUCGCCAACCCCACAGGGCCUUGUCUUGGGACCACCUGCACCUCCGCCACCACCCCCUCUCCCAUCAGGCCCUGCCUACGCCUCAGCACUUCCUCCUCCCCCAGGACCCCCUCCACCACCUCCACUGCCAUCCACUGGUCCUCCUCCUCCACCCCCUCCACCACCCCCUCUUCCUAAUCAAGCUCCUCCCCCUCCUCCCCCACCUCCUGCCCCUCCCCUCCCCGCAUCUGGAAUUUUCUCUGGAUCCACGUCAGAAGACAAUCGCCCUUUAACUGGACUUGCAGCUGCAAUUGCGGGAGCAAAACUUAGGAAAGUGUCCCGGGUGGAGGAUGGCUCUUUCCCAGGUGGAGGGAAUACUGGGAGUGUGAGCUUGGCCUCAUCCAAAGCAGACGCUGGGCGUGGGAAUGGACCUCUUCCUCUAGGGGGUAGUGGCUUAAUGGAAGAAAUGAGUGCCCUGCUGGCCAGGAGGAGAAGAAUUGCUGAGAAGGGAUCAACAAUAGAAACAGAACAAAAGGAAGACAGAAAUGAAGAUGCAGAGCCUAUAACUGCUAAGGCCCCAUCAACAAGUACACCUGAACCAACCAGAAAACCUUGGGAAAGAACAAACACAAUGAACGGCAGUAAGUCACCUGUCAUCUCCAGACCCAAAUCCACACCUUCAUCACAGCCAAGUGCCAAUGGAGUCCAGACAGAAGGCCUUGACUAUGACAGGCUGAAGCAGGACAUUUUAGAUGAGAUGAGAAAAGAGCUGGCAAAGCUGAAGGAGGAGCUUAUUGACGCAAUCAGGCAGGAGCUGAGCAAGUCGAACACUGCAUAAAGAAGCAAACUACGGAGGGGCAGGACUUGAAUCUGGAGAAAACAAAAAUUCCUACAAACAACUCUUAACCCCCAAACUUUUAAGCUGUAAGAAGAAAAUGGAUACACAGUCAGGAGGGAAGCCGUCAACCUCUGAAAGCCUCAGACAGUGACUCUGGCGAUCAGCUGUCCCCUCAGUGUGCUGCUUUAUUCUGUCUGACCUUUACCACAGGAUGGAGAAUGAUAUUGGAGUUCCCUUAGCAGUACUAAACCCGUCAGGCAAGAUCACCGUGCAUUGAAAUAUUUUCAUGUCUAGAUGAGUCUGCACGUUUUCCAUAAUCCAUUGCUAAAAUAAAGACGAGAAAGGCUUCAGAGAUUUUUUUCCAGAGGGCGCUGAUGAAGAAUUUGAUUUAGUAAGUUCUGCUGUUGCGUUGUAAAUGUUUCUCUCAGGUUUGUCUUCCUAUCAUAUUUGAUAUUCCGUGAACACUAAGAUCAUAAAGGAUGGAACAAACGGAGUUGUAUGUGCUUUCAGAGGGUGGUGUUUAAUACGAAAGGUCCCAAAAUGUUUAGUCCCACUUGAGGAAUUUUAGAAUGAUAGGAAGUCUCUCGGGUUAGCCUUCAUGCAAUUUUGUAGUUUAAAACAUAAAGUCCGUCCAGAAAUUAAAGAUUUAGAUGCCUUCCUAAAUUGUUACAAUGCUUUACCAAAUCUAUGACUUCUACAUAACCAACAGUGGUCAAAUGGAAAACAUUCUAUUAUAGAUUUACUGUAGGUUUUCAACCUUUUUUAGACAUAUGCAUGUGGACAUUUUUAUAAUGUAAUUACAAUCACCACAAAGUUAGCUUUUUUAAUUACAGACAAUAAUGCAUGUCACACUAAUAUGUAGUGGCCUUUUCAGGGCCUAGUCCCAGGGAAAAUAUUUUGUAGAAUAUAGGGAAGUGGGAGGAAGGGAAGGAAUAACUUUUUAUUUAAAGUUAAUUUCUGCACUAUCUUUUUUUUCUCAAUUAUCUGCAUGAAUUAUAAUGAAAAAUAUUUUGUGACUUUAAUCAGUAAACAUGUUAACAAAACCAAGUACUUAAUCUUUUACAUCAUGUCUUCAGCUAUUUGUAUUUUAACCAGCAAUUUCAACGGUCUGAAACAUGAUUCUGAGCGUAACAUGUGAGUCCGUCUCACUGUGGAACUCACGAGUUUGAUCACUGAAUUUGGCAGUUAUUUUCACGCGGCCCCCACAGUGCUGCAGUGCUUGGGUUCACGCUCCUGACUCUGCGGCUGCUCCUUGACCUUUGCUGUGCUAAAAUACAAGAAAUAUCAAUAAUGGCAGCAACCAGGGUCACAUAAGUCACUAGGUAAGGGAGACCAAUGAGGAGUUCUGCAGCUUUCUUUUAAUAGAACUAAAGUGAGGCUUAAGUGGUAGGGAGUGUCUGCUGUUACACCCUGAGUGUGUGUGUGUGUGUGUGUGUGUGUGUGCGCGCGCGCGCGCGCACACACACACACACGCACACAGGUGAGAGAGAGAGAGAAAGUGAUCGAGCUUAAGAGUGUGUGAUAGAUAUUAUGUUCCACCCCUUUAUAAUUGGCAAGAUUAAAAUAAGGGAGAAAAUUUUAUAUGUUGUAAUGUUAGCUUUUUGGAAAAUCUAGGAAAUCAAAAAUUCUCCAGGCUGUCCAUCAUGAUUUAUGCUUGAGUUAUUAAUGUGCCAUAUUUGCUUUGGAAUCUUUGGCUAUCAAAACUUUUGCUAAAAAAAUAGUAGAUACAAUCCACUUUGAUUUGCUUUCUAGAUUUCCUAUGUCUCAGCUGUAAAGCAAAGCUUGAUGAGAGUAGUUUUCUAAACCCUGCAGUUUGCAGCUAACCCCACUGCAGAGCCGUGUGAAUGAGGGGUUUUGUUAAGAGUGUUUGUUUCUGUAGAAACUUCAUCUUUAGAUUAAAGUGUGAGGGAUGAGCGGUCAUAAGUCAAUUCUGUGGCUUUCUCUACCCAUCAGUCGUCGUCUCGCAGGAAUAGUAAAGGCAUUAAGGAUGCGGCAAGCAUGUACGCUGUUCUAAAAGAAGUAUGCAUCUCAUUUACUGUUGAACGUUUGAUUACGCAACUACUUUGAUUGUGUACGUGUGUACAUCCCUUACAGAUCUGAUCAAAAAUCGCUUUUCAUUUUGUUGCUAAUGUUAAAUAGUCUGUAGUACGUAGAGUACUGGGUCUAGAUGGUCCAAAGUGAGACAAAAAUGCUGAAGUCAAAUGCUAAGUCCUAAACAAAGCUGGUUUAUGCACUAAACGUUUUGUGCCUUGGUCUAAUAUUUAACACAAUGUCUGUAAAAAUGACAAAAAAAGAAAAAAAAAGAACCGACAUUGGCUCAUGCUGUAUCUGUAUCCUCCAUGAUAGUACGUCCUCCCACAUGACUAAAUGUGCUCCUACCUGGAUGCUUCACUGUCACCCAGGACAGUCGUGUCGUCGCUAGAGAUUUCAGUGACUACAAUCGCAAGCUAAAGCUUGAGUUGUUUUCCCAAAACUGUUCCUUGGAACCAUAUUGUGACGGUGGGUCCUUGCUUCUGUGUGUUGACUGUCUUCAGCUGAGUCCAGUUUAGGGAUCGUCUGUGAUGACAGGAAGGCUCUGCUCUCCUCAACACUGUGAUCUGACCUGCGACAACUCUACAAUACACUCUGAAUGGCUAGCACGUCCAUAGCAAACAAUCUGAAUGUACAAACCUUAGCGUGGUGCUGAAAUCUCUUGAGAAUAGUAACCGUGAUCUCAAAGUCUGUUCAAAACGUGUCAAUCAGAACUGAAGAUGAACCGCUGAUGAAUGUCCGGUCCUCAUGCCGCAGGCGUGUUUCCUGUCUAGGUUUUCAGUUCUCUGCUGUUACCACCAUAGCUGUUCCAGUUAACUCUCCUACACACUAACUUCAUUUGUGCGAUUGAAAUAAAAUUGCAGUAUGUGCAUGUUUCUUGUUUGUGACACUUAGAUGGUCUUCUGCAAUGAUGUGUUAAUUCCAAACCAAGUGAUACUGGGUGUGAAAUCAGCACCUUAGGAAGCCCAGGGUUUCACUGUUUACAGUUUAAACAUCAUGUCACUGUUCUUUAAAGAUUUCAUCCACGUCUGGCGUAGUGGAAAACACGAAGGGAAUAUGUAAUGAUCUUUCUACCUUUUGUUUUGCAGUAAGCGCUGUGUGCCUCUUCUGUCUUACAUGCUCCCAGCACAGCUUGUAGUCAAUGUGGUGAAAAGUGUUUUACUCCAUUCUUUUGUCCUAUAACACAGUCAUAUAUAUAUUUCACUUCAUUUACACGGUUCAUUUUUUUUCUUUAUGUAAUUUGCAUAUUAAAGGAUAUUGCCAAGUAAUUAACUUUAAAUGUAGCAGUCUGUACCCUCUACAGUGAUCUCUUUAUGUUGGCUUUUUAUAUAUACUUAUAUAUAUGUCUCAGCACCUUUAUCUAUUACAAAGUUCCAUUUUCCAAACUUGUAAUUUCCUCAUUAGAAGUACAACUCUGUCUGUGUGUGUGUGUGUGUGUGUGUGUCUGUGUGUCUGUGUGUGUGUGUGUGUGUGUGUGUCUGUGUCUGUGUGUCUCUGUGUGUGUGUGUGUGUGUGUGUGUGUGUGUGUGUGUGUGUGUGUGUGUGUGUGUGUGUGUGUCUUUCCCCCUUUAUCAGACCUCGGCAUCUCUCCCAAGCUCCUCCGUCCUCUUUGUGCUUCCUGUUCCUGGCAUUAAUUUGCAUUUGCAACCACCUUGUGUUGCUCACUGUUGUGAAGACAGCCAGCUGAUUUUUCUUUUGGUUCCAACUUACACUCCUGCUUUAUCUACAAAUUAAAGUCACUUAAAUUCGAAAAUGAAUUAAGUAGCAAGUCCUAAGCUUUUCCAUUUGCUUAGCUAAAAUUACUGUCUCUUAACUUUUGCCCAUCUUUGCAGUGAGGCUGUGAAGAAUUCAUGUUUGUACGAUUCAGGGCUUGCCAGGCAGGGCUGCAGGAACUGUUUGAUUUCUUGUCGCCAUGAGAAUUACUUAAGCCCUUUACCACGGUCUUUAAUCCUAUGGGCGUAUCUGUAAUCCAGCAUCCUGGAGACAGAAACAGGAGGAUUGUGGAUCUGAUGUCAGGCUGGGAUGCAUAGAGAAACCGUGUCUAAAACAAAUCAGUAAAAUCCUAUGGGUCGUAAGCAUAAAAACGCGGAGCAUAAAGGAACUCAAGAUGAACAUAAAAAGCAGAGUGUAGGGGGGUGUCUGUCCCUUUAUCACACUAGAAAGCCCACUUCCAAAGGCAGAAUAGUUUUCACUUCCAGACUCAACCUGUUCUGGUGACGGCAUUUUUGUUUUUAAUACAAUUGGUAUCUGAUCAUCUCCCCAGAGCUCUGUGACUCUUUGGUGAGAGGCAUUUACUGUUUUAUAAGUUCAGUUCCUUUUUUUUUUUUUUUUUAAUCAAAACUUGUUGUAUUUUAAAGAAUCUGACUAAACAGUUAUUCUGGUCAGUACUUCAUGUGAAGAUCCUGGAGAACAUGUACGUACAGGAAUCGCUUUCAGUUAAGCAUACGCCUGUUUGAGAAACUAAAAUCGUCAAUCUCUCAAGAGAAGCCAUUUAUUUAUGCCAAAUAUUCUUGGGGUUGAGGGCGGGGAUAUGAUAUAGUCUUUCUAUUCCCAACAUCAAAAUAGGCUCUGCACUAAAUCUUGUUCCCUUAUGUUUACCUUGGUGGCUUUUUGAAGUACCAAGCUUCUUUCUAAAGCCUCUUUGUGGGUGAAUGUGAGAAUGAGCAUGUAGAAACCAGUGUUCAACCUUGGCACCCACCUGCUUUGAGACAGGGUCACAAAUUCAGCUAGACCUGCUGGCAGUGAGCCUCAGGAGAUCCUGUCUGCUGCUUGCUGCUGGGUUGCCUAGCUUGUACCACCACGCCCAGCUGCUCUGUUUUACAUGGAUUCUGGAAUCUUAACUGAUGACCUUGUGCUUGCAAGGGAGGCAGACACUCUUCCAAUUCAGCUAGCUUUCUAGCCCUGCCCCCCCCCUUUUUUUUUUCUUUAUAUCUUAAUGCUGGAACAAUGAAAGAUUCAAAAUUUAAACAUUAAGAUUGAUUAGUUGAUUAGAAAAGAAAGUAAAAUGGUACAGUAAAAUUACCAUUUACAGACAGGGGCCUUCUAUCGGUACAAUAUUAAUGAAUACCUCACAUAAGGAAGAUGGGGCUUUAGGAUAAAUUUGAAAAUUGUUGAAGUAUGAACUAUGUUAAUUUGUAAAGCAACCGUCACUGAAGGGUAGAAAGUGACUUGGUUACUGUGACUUGAUGUUAAAAAGAAUUUUCUACAAUCAUUGGUUCUAUUUGUUGAAAUUGUAAAGAUAGGGAUUGUGUGAGGAGGAGAGGGUUUGGGAAAGGGCGUUUCCCUUCGGUUAUAGAUGCUCUGUUGUAGAACUCCCUGAGCACCUGUAGGUUUCCAGUGCUUGCUCAUUAACAUAGAGAAUAACUGAAAACUGAAGCUUUGGUUAAGUGCUUGAACCAGAGAUCAGUCACCACACCCUACCUAGUUUGAAGCUUACUGGGUAUUCCAAUAAAGAGCUUUUAGAAGUUUUUGGUGUGGAACCCCAGGAUUCCUGGAUAAAGGAGGCCCAGAUAAGAGCGGAGAGGGAGGAGUACUUGACUCUCUUGAGUUAGGAAACUCAAGAGCAUGGUGAACUCAUCACUAAAUCCAGCCUUUUCUAAACAAAAAUUAAACAGAGUUAAAAGAAUUUCACAUUCUAAUAAAAGUUAGAAAUGUCCAUGCACUUCAUUGAAGAGCUAUUUGUAAGUGACAGUCUCCAUUUAGCCCGUAAAUAUGUCUCAGCUGCCCCCUUCUGAGUCCAGAAAGAUGUCCUUAGCAGUAGAAACAGACUCCUUCAAAAGAAAAUUACAUGUCUAAUACAGGCAGUGAGUGAUGUUGCCGAUAGAUAGGGUGUUAGCCGGCGCUGGGUGUCGCAAAGGAAAUAAAACCCCAGGGAAAGAAGUGUGCAUCGAGUCUGGCUCUGGGAUUCAUCCCUGUUGUGGUGGGAAUACACAGUGUGUAUGAGGUCCCUAGUAUUGAAAAAAUCAAAAUGCAGCUUUAAUCAUGAAGUAAGUAACACAGGAACCUUUUUCAAGUUUGAUACCUAAGGAAAAAAAAAUGUUUGAAAUUCAAUAUUCUCUAGUCAAUUCUGUCUACCCAGCCUUCCUAUAAAGUUUUGGUUUGUUUUUGUUUUGUUGUUUUUAAGAUUUUAAACUUCUUUUAGUAGAGACAUAGAAGAUUGUCAUUCCAUGGCCAAGUUUCACCUAGGUGAGUUUUGGCAUUUGAUAUUCUAACUUCUGGAAUUUCUCUGAGUAUUUUGAUCCUCAGUUCUGAGGUCUGUCUGUUUGGGGGUGGGGCGGUUGUCUUUAAACCACAAGCCCUACAUGAUGCCAAAGCCACCAGGCCUCUCUUGUGUAUCAGGAGUAGAACUAAGUUGGCUUAGCCCUUUGGGGACCAACCUUGUUGCGUAGUGUGUGGUACCAGCUUUGCGCUUUGCCUGGGAAAACUGUAUCUCAGAAAGGUAAUUAGGAAGGUCUCAAUAUUUAGGUGGUGGUGGUAGGGACAGGUUAAAGUCUAGAUACAAUUUCUGUUGACCACAAGGGCAGGGAGCAGUUUCAGGAGUUUGUCUACUUACUCUGGACACCUUGCUUCAUUUGCUGACAGUGAACUUGGGCAUCUGUGGUUCCUGUGAGACAUCUCAGAUGUGUAUCUUGUCUCUGUGCUCCUGUUUAACUGUGGAUGUGAGCCCUGAGGCACCCAGCCGUUGACUUGGGACUCUGCCAGAUUACAUGUGUGUAAGGUCCCUUCUACUUCUGGGAUGUAGUUUGAGUUUCUUCAUUCACAUGUCCUCAAGCUGUGAUCAGUCUGUUAUUUCACCCAAGAAAACAGAAUUCUUCUGUAUGCAUAUGGGUGUUUUACCUCCAUGUAUAUAUCUGUGCACCACACAUGUGCCUGCUGCCUUUGGAGGUCAAAGAAGGGCAUCAGAUCCCCUGGAACUGGAGUUCUAGACAGUAGUGAGCUACCCUUUGGAUGCUGGAGCUUCUGAAAAUACACACAAAGUGCUGUUAAUGGCUGAGCCAUUUCUCCAGCCCCCUUCUCUCUGACCUUAAAGAGUAGCUUUUGAAUGUUUAGAAUUACUAGAUCGUGUUUGGUGAAAUCUUUAUAUCCUAUUUAUGAGUGAAGUAAGAGCAAAUGGCCAUUCUGAGACCAGGCAGUGGCCAUUGUUAGUCCCAGCUACGUCAGCUGUGUGCUUUGCUGAAGCACUGGGGCAGCUUGGUGGCUUCAGGACAAGCAUGUGCCAUCAGAAAGGCCAGUGUUCUCUGAGGUUCUUCUCUUCUUCCGUGGUAGGAAGCCUCCCCAUGUACUCAUGCCUCGAGCUGUUUCUAAGCUAGCUGACUGCUGCACUGCUGUGAGCAGUAUCUUAACCCUCCUCUUUGCCAGGGGAGAAUGCACCUCAGCUGUGUUACUGUGUACCGUGUCACUAGCAACUUGAAAAGGUGACAAUACGAGUCUGUCUCUAGCCUUUUUAUUAUACAAAGUCCAUUCAUUCCUAGCUUCUUGUUUUUAAACUCCGACUUUACUGCAAUUAAUUGACAGUCCCCUCUGAUACUGUUUAAGUGUUGUGAUCUCUCGUUUGCUUUGUUUGUUUGUUUGUUUGUUUAAGGCAGGGUUUCUCUAUGUAGCCCUGGCUGUCCUCGAACUCUUCUUGUAGACCAGAAUAGCCUGGAACUGAGAGAUCCACCCUCCUCUGACUCCUGAGCACUGGGACUGAAGGUGUGAGCCACUGCCUCCACCUGCCCCACUGCUUGCUUUUUCAGAUAAGUGACUAGAAGAUAAGUCUGGGCAUCUUGUCUUCCUAGUGUAUUUUACUCUGAUUCUUUCCUGGUUUAUGUAUUGAGAUUCAUUUCUCAUAGACAGAACUUGCUUUUUAUUGUGUGUAGAUUUGGAGGGAAGGAUCAAGUUAUUCCCGUAAAUGUAAGCAAGCUAUCUUGAGGCAUCUGUAGUUGAUACAAAAUAUUUUUAUAAUAUAUUAACAGGCAUGGGGUACUUUUGAGGCAGCCUCUGUAAUCUGUAGCCACCCACUUAAUCUCCAGGGUCCCCCAUUGGAAGAUAAAAGGCCACUGUAUCUGUAGUUUAUCUAGAACAGAGCUUCAGGAUUCCAGCUGGAAAGACUUGAGGGCCUAACCCCUGAGAGAGGUCCAGCCCCUCUGCCUGAUGCAGGCCUCCUGCUGCCUUCAUGCUUUCUGGAGGGCCUCUGGCAGUCAGAAUGAGUAGGUCAGUGUGUGGCUUGAAAGCUGUUUCUAACAUUGAUUUUGUUUGUUUUUCUUUUGUUAGGGUUUUUUUUUUCCCUGUUUUGUUUGUUUUUAAGAGAUUUUGGUUGGUUUUGGUUUUGGUGGGGUUUUGGUUCGUUUGUUUUUUGACAGGUUAGGAAGUCAGUGAUGACCCUUACUGUUUCAAGAAGCAGAUUAAAUUCUUAAAUACAUUUUCCUUCUCAGACCUCAACUUGAUAAACCAAAAAACAUACACUAGGAUAGCACAGUGUGUGGGAUUGGAAGGGGCAGUCUCAGAGAUGAGCUGGAGCACUGGAGCCCUCGGCGCAGGACACGCUGAACUUUCAGUCUCGUGUCCUCGUCCUUUGCUGUAGAUACUAGCAAUGUGCUCUUCCGUCCUUUAAACACGCCCACAGCUGGACUCCUUGGUAAAGGGUGGUGAAGAUUUGCAGCCUGCCAACUGGGACUUUUAUACCCUAGAGUCGGGAGUGGACUGAAGUCAGACUUUAGGAGUUAAGUAGAUGCUCCUCCGGAAUGGAGAGUUGUGUUGUAAAUCAUUUGCCAGCUGGAACUUUGUGUACCAUAUCUCGGUGAAUCUUAGGGAUUAUAGGCCUUGCUAAAGUUCAGGAGAAAGGAAACUGGCCACAGCUUACUGUAAGGUUUUGCUCAAUUGACUGAAAUUAUUUGAAAGUCUGUCUAGAACACGAUUUCAUCAAGUAACACCUUCGUCCAAGCUCGGCCCACGUUUGAGGAAGGGGAAGCGAGGGGGCGAGAGGGAAGGCGGGAUGGGUGGCUGAGGAUCAGGUAGCGCUGGAGCUUGGCACCAAAGUUUCUCAUGAUUGCAUAUGGAGGACCACUUGUGAUCCACCCUCGGAAGACUCGCCAGAAAGUAGCAGUUCCUGCUACACACUACAGUGCCUUCCAACGACGUUCUGUGUGAACUGCAUGCAGUUUCGUGUAACUCCAGAGUGUAACAUGUAUGUGCAUGAUCUGUCCAGAAUGUGCAGAGCUGGGAUUCAACAGAAAGGGCUGCGCCCUGCUGCUGCUGGGUCAGCAGGCUGCUGGGGUCGGACUUGUGACUUAGGCUUGCAGCCUUGGAUCCUGGGGUUUGCACUGAUAUGGUUCUGUCAUCCAAUCAGAUCUGUCUCCCUUUUAGCUCCUUUCCUACUUUGCAGCUUUGCUGAUUUUAACUGCUUCAUUCUUCUGCUUCUUGGUAUCUUUCUUUUGAAAUAAAAAGACACAAUACCUAAUUCAAAA